GACGCCGUCCCCGAGGAGUGGGUCCUGCUGCACGUCAUGCGGAGCCAGGUGGGCGCCGGGAACUACAGCUACCUGCGGCUGAGUCACGAGGGCAGGGUGGUGUUGCGCAUGCGCAGCCUGAGCGGCGACGCGGACCUGUACGUGUCGGACGGCACGUUGCACCCCAGCUUCGACGACUACGCGCUUCAGUCCGCCACGUGCGGCCCCGACGAGGUCUCCAUCCCCGCGCACUUCCGGCGCCCAGUGGGCAUCGGUGUGUACGGGCACCCCUCACACCUUGAGAGCGAAUUCGAGAUACGAGUGUACUGGGACACCGCGGCAGCGCAAGACCCAUUUACGGAGAGCGCCUACCCUGUCACCGGCGCCCAAGCGGGCCAGAGGCUCGCCCACGCCCCGGAAGACCCGCCACGGGAGGAGGAGUCAGUGCUGUGGACGGUGUUGAUCAGCGUGUUGAAGUUGGUGCUGGAGAUUCUUUUCUGAGCCCCUGUACCCCUUGGAGGGCAGUGCCCUCGGUCUGUGAAGCUGGCUGCGGUUGGCUGUGAACUUGGCUUUCACCUGGCUGAAAGCUCAUCACCUUUCUAGUGGAGGGUGGGGAAAAAGCCAUAAGCAGUUGUCUUACCUCAGUUACCCCCUCCCACAGGAGACGCAGCAAGCACAGAAUUUGCUCUCAAAAUUCCUAUAAAAGGGACGUGCACGGCAUACGUUUUGACUCCAUUUUGAUUAGUCUACCAGGUGACAAAUUAUUGCAGUAACGUUGGUUUAUGUAAAAGAAACCAAAAUACGGCAACCUUUCAUGCAGUUAAUACGGCCAAGCAGAGGUCGAUAAAUUUGUUACCAAAAUCAAGUCAGAAAUGUAAUGAUUUAAUUACACUAAGAUUGGACGAAAACCCUAUGCCUAGACCUUAAGUAGAGAUGGUACCUUCUAUCCAAACAGGAUUUCCCGGUAAGGAGGUAUUUACAAACAUGUGCCCAUAAUGACAAUUCUUAUUAGGCCAUUUGUCAUUUUAACCUUGGGCUACCUAUGAAUUAAAAUUCUGCAGUUAUUAAAUAUGCUGCCUACAUUAAACAAUGCAGAUUAAGAAAAGCAAUGCAAGCAGUAACUUUUCAGGCUAAUGGAGGGAUGGCUAAGUAUUUCCAGUUAAGUUGCUAGAUGUUUCCACUGAAUUUUUGGAGAGAGCCAAAGCUACUAAGAUGAAAGUCCUUUGGAAAAUGAAUUACUUAUGUAUCUGGAAUUAGCUUCAAGGGCAAGAGUAGUUUACAACAAAUAAAUCAACUGCAGAUUUUAAGUUAAUUUCAAAAAUCUUUUAUUGGCAUAAAAAGGAAAAUGUAAAUAAAUUGGCACCAAAUAUUCCACUUAAAUACAUAUAAGGUCAUAAAGCUAUUUUAUCCCUCUUUGCUGUUUUUCCCCCUUCUGCCCACUUUCCUGGGUGUUGGGGGGGCUCGCUGACAACAAUCACAAAUCCAGCGACCUAGGAAGAAAAUUGUUAGUUAAUAUAGAACGAAACACGUCCUUCCUUAACUAUCACUAAUGAUACUCUUCUGUGGAUUUGUGGUGGGAAGGGCACUAAGUUCCUUAAUUUAAGGAGAAAAGUGUAAAUUUCUUUUAAAAUAAUGUAAUCAAUGCCACGCAGAAUUCAGUGCAAGUCAAGAGAUGGACGUUUAAAAAAUUAUAAUCCUUCUUGAAAUUCAAACACUAAUGUAAAACCUAUUCCUGAAUUUGGCUUUUUUAAGCCUUUUUUUUUUUUUUGCUGCUCACUGGUAGCUGUGUGUCUGACAGCAUUCUCUCAAGUUUUGGUUUACUAUCCUGACACAGCACUUUAAAACUUCAAAGUUUUUAACAGCACAGUGAUAAACUGUACUACAUACUUGAUCUGAAUUACUACAGAUCCUUAAAUACUUAAGUUGCUUGCUUCUUAAUGAUUACCAGGAAAUUUGAUUCUAGAGAGUACUAUACAGUGUUAACUAUGCAAAUAAGUUCUAAAAUUACACAAUUAUCUGUGUAAUAUUUUAACCCAAUUACUGUGAUUUAUUCGAUUCUGAGUUUAUUCUAAAGUUAUCUUGAAUUGUCAUCCCGCCCCAAUUUAUAGAAAUUUGGUUUAAUAUGUAUAAAGAUGUAGCAGUCUUUGUUUUUUCUAAAUAGAUGAUGUAUAAAAAUAAAAUCAAGGCUUUGAAACAA